AUGUCGUGGCUGAAGAAUGUAGUCCAAACUAUUAAAGAUCUAACAGGAACCGAAAUUGUAACAGUACGAUGUCAUAACAUUGGAACAUCGUUGGUUUUAAAUUUAAAUAAUAAUAACCAAGAGAAUCGAGUACCAUGUGAAUUUUGUAACAUAUUGUAUGAAUUUGGUGAGAUAGAAGAACAUCAGAAUUAUUGUUCAGUUCAACAAAAAUCUUUGGAAAUGCCACAAGAUUUAUUAAAUGUUCCUAUUAAUAAUGCCACGACGAAUUCCGGCAGAUUAUUAGAAUCACAAGUCAACGAUAUAUACUCAAGUCCAUCGUCCGAUACCGUUAAUAAAGAAUUAGAAAAUAAAAUUCAAAUAUUAGAAGAACGUAUUCAGUGUCAAAUUUGUAUGGACCGAGAAAAAAAUAUUGUAUUUGUAUCUUGUGGUCAUUCAUGUUGCGUCGAAUGUGCACAAUUAUUACACAUUUGUCACACGUGUAGAAAACCAAUCACAGAAAAAUUAAAGCUUGUUUAA